AUGCGUUUUCCACAGCCUCCGGUUCACGUGUACCAUCAGAAAGGAGACUUCAUCAUUGGUGGCAUUGUCCAUCAUGCCAGCAUUGUCGCCAGUGAAAUCCUCUUCAUGAAAGAACCCCUGCCAACACUGACAGAAUCAUUUUAUGUAGUGCCUAAAUAUUACCAACACAUCACGGCCUUGGCCUUUGCAGUAAAGGAGAUCAAUGAAAACCCUCAGAUCUUACCCAAUCUCACUGUGGGCUUCCACAUCUAUGACAGCUAUGAUAAUGCAAGAAGGACCUAUCAUGCCACAAUGUUACUGCUAUCAGCGCCAGAAAGAUUUAUUCCUAACUACCUAUGUGGCAACCAGAAAAAUCUAGUAGCAGUCAUUGGGUCACGGGAAGCACAGAUUUCUAUCAAUGUGGCAAGUCUCUUGAAUAACUAUAAGGUUCCUCAGUUCACAUAUGGCUCUGUUCCACUGAUGUACAAUGAAGUUAUAGGUCUUUACUUCUACCAGAUGGUUCCUCAGCAAUCCCUACAAUAUACAGGGAUUGUCUCUUUGCUCCUUCAUUUCAGGUGGACAUGGAUUGGAGUCCUUACAAUGGAUGAUGAAAGUGGUGAAAGUUUUUUGCAAACUGCAUUGCCACUGUUCUCCCGGAAGGGUGUGUGCUUUUCCUUCAUUAAAAAAGUGCCUACGUUACAUUCUGACUCUGAACUUAGCAACAUACUAGAAGAUGGGGCAAAACUACACAACACUGUAGUGAACAGCAAGGCCAAUGUUGUUGUGUUUUAUGGAGAAUCUAUGGUUAUUUUGAGGUGGUUUCCAUAUUAUUCAGGAGUACAACCACCAAGACUACCGAAAGGUAUAGUGUGGAUAAUGACAGCUGAGAUGGAACUCAUUUCAUUGGUCUAUCAAAGGGACUGGGAAACAGAAAUAUUCCAUGGUGUCCUGUCCUUCAGCAUACACUCCAAUGACCUACCAGGAUUCAAAACAUUUAUUGAGGGACGAAAUCCUUCCAGGGCAAAAGGAUAUGGAUUCAUCAGACAAUUCUGGCAAGAGGCCUUUGGUUGUGUGUUUCCAGAUGCAGAUGUGGGAGAUGUGAUGGGAGAUAUCUGCACUGGCAAGGAGAAACUGGAGAGCCUUCCAGCACCAUUUUUUGAAACGAGUAUGACAGGCUAUAGCUACAACAUCUACAAUGCUGUCUAUGCUGCCGCUCAUGCUUUAAAUGCCAUGUCCUCAUCUAGAUUCAAACACAGAACAGUGGAAAGAAGAGAACUGCAACAUCAAAACCAACAGUUUGGACAGCUGCAUCACUUUCUCAGAAGUGUCUCAUUUAACAACAGCAGUGGUGACAAGGUUGCCUUUGACCAGCAUGGGGAUUUAGUAGCUGGAUUUGAUGUGGUUAACUGGAUUGUUUCUUCAAAUCAAACAUUUCAUAGAGUGAAAGUUGGGAGGGUAGAUCCCAACCAAGUGUUCACCAUCAACGAGGAUGACAUAGCAUGGUACUACUGGUUUAACCAGCUCCAUCACUUUCUGAGAGGUAUUUCAUUUAACAACACUGCUGGGGAUGAGGUUUCCUUCAAUCACAACGGGGAAUUGGCAGCUGGAUUUGAUCUUAUCAACUUGAUCGCUUCUGCAAACAAAUCCUUUCGCAGAGUGCACAUCGGGAGGAUCGACCCCAAAGCUCCUCCAGAGCAAGUUUUCAGCAUCAAUGAGAGUGCCAUAACAUGGCCCAACUGGUUUAAUCAGACACAGCCUCUUUCUGUCUGCACUGAGAGUUGCCGUCCUGGUUCUAGCAAGAAAGCGAAAGAUGGAGAGCCAUUUUGUUGCUAUGAUUGCAUUCCAUGCCCAGUAGGGAAGAUUUCAGACCAGAAAGACAGGAAUGAGUGUCACAAAUGCAAAGAUGAAAACUAUCCAAACAAAAACCGGGAUUUCUGUAUUCCUAAGAUUGUAACCUUCUUGUCCUACGAAGAACCUUUGGGGCUCAGUUUAACAUGUUUUGCCGUUUCCUUUGCUCUUAAUACAGCUCUGGUGCUAGGAACAUUUAUGAAGCACCAUGACACUCCCAUAGUCAUAGCAAACAACAGGAACCUCACUUACACUCUCCUCAUCUCACUUCUGUUCUGCUUCCUUUGUGCAUUGCUAUUUAUUGGCCAGCCUCAGAAGGUGACAUGUCUCCUCCGACAAACUGCUUUUGGUGUCAUCUUCUCUGUUGCUGUUUCUUGUGUGCUGGCAAAAACCAUCACAGUGGUUCUGGCUUUCAUGGCCACCAAACCAGGAUCCAGGAUGAGGAAGUGGCUAGGAAAAAGACUGACCAACUCCAUUGUUCUUUUCUGUUCUUUUGUCCAGGUAGGCAUUUGUAUUGUGUGGCUGGCAACAUCUCCCCCGUACCCGGAUGUAGACAUGCAGUCAAUGACUGAAGAAAUUGUAGUAGAAUGUAAUGAGGGGUCUGUGAUAAUGUUUUACUGUGUCCUCAUCUACAUGGGCUGCCUGGCAAUUAUCAGUUCCACUGUGGCUUUCCUUGCCAGGAAGUUACCUGACAGUUUCAAUGAAGCCAAGUUUAUCACUUUCAGCAUGUUGGUUUUUUGCAGUGUUUGGCUGUCCUUUAUUCCCUCCUACCUGAGCACCAAAGGAAAAUACAUGGUAGCUGUGGAGAUCUUCUCUAUUUUAGCCUCCAGUGCUGGGAUUCUGGUGUGCAUCUUUGCCCCAAAAUGUUAUAUUAUUUUGUUAAGGCCUGAAAUGAACAACAAGGAACAGCUUGUAAGAAGGAAAAAAUGA